CUGACACCCAGCAGUAGUCAGGAUUGGCUGGCAAGGCAACGAUGUGAUUGGUGGUUCCUCGGCCCAGUGCCUACUUGGUAUCCCUCAAGGGCCACGGCCUCCAGUCCCAUGUGCGGUUGUUGCCGGUCGCCUCCAAUUCUCGUUAUCCGGGACUUCCGAUUUAUGACUAUCGACGACAGCUGAGCUCGGGGCACAGAGAUAUCGAUGAGCACCUCCGACACAGGUCCGGCUCAGAAACGACUUCGGGUUUCCCGCGCCUGCGAACAGUGCCGAUCGAAGAAGAUCAAAUGCGACGGCACCCAGCCCAUCUGCUCGCCGUGCACACUGCUGUCGCUGCGGUGCACGUAUGGCGCCUCGCCCAAGAAGCGGGGCCUGGCGCCGGGUAGUGUUUCGGCGCUGGAGAGGACGGUGAAGCUGCUGCAACGGGUGCUGGGCCUGCUGGUGGUGACGGUGAAGGGCGCCGAUCACGCUCUCGUCGCGUUGGCACAGCAGCACAGCGCGCAUUUAUUUAGCGAUGAUGAUAAUGGAAAACGAUUAACCGUCGCGUGGAAGGAGGGCAUUGUCCUAGCUGCAUUGGACUCGUUUCAGGCCACCGGCUUCGGCCACUCGGAGGCUCCAGACUUGCCAUCCGAAGUAGAGCCUCUACGGGCGGACUUGGAUCUGAGGACUGCGCGCUUCCGUGUGGACUGCACCCCCACAGCCGAUGGACCGACAGCUUACGACGGAGGACGGUCCCAGGCGCCGCCGGCCCCCAGAAACGAGACAAUGGAACGACAAUUCGUGGGGCCAAGUAUGGAUGUGGAGGGAACUGGCGGGGAAGGCACCAUGUUUCGGUCGAACGAGAACGAGAACGAGCAGCUCGCUCACUCCUACGCCGGCUCGACUCCCAACGACGGAUACGAGCCUCCGCCGGAUCAGCAUCUCUCACCGGUCCCCCCCUCACCGUCUCCCGCAACGACAGCCGCCGCCGCCGCCAAUCACUUCCACAACAAUACCAACUUCCGGCCCCAUGGAUACGAUCAGUCUCCCUCCCAUCACUGUCCCUCGGUCAUGGCUAGUCCCGCGGUCAGCAGCGACAUGUAUACGGAGGAUUUGAUGCUCCAGAACCAGCUGCCCGAACCUACUCAUAUCCCGCCGAAUUCCCGCAUACUGUUGGACGUGUAUUUCUCCUACUGCCAUUGCUGGUAUCCGAUCCUGGAUAAAUACGACAUUGUCCGGCUUCUUCAUCAUAUCAACGCACCUCCACCUCCGAAGAGUCUGGAUCCCUGCGCCCCCUCGCAAGUUGAUUCCGGGAAACGGGCCUUGCUUUAUGCGGUGCUGUCACUGGCAUCCUCCCAGAUGGAGGGCCUUGCCAGGCAUGGUGGGGAAGCAACUUCGCCUGACGAGAUGAUCGCUACAACCUCUGCAAGGUUGUAUGCUUCCUCGCAGAAGCUGCUAUUUGAAUCUCGGGAAUACGGCAUGGAGCAUGUCCAGUGUCUUCUGAUACUUGCUCUCCUAAACAUCUCCCAGCUUCAUCUUAGCACGGCAUGGCUGCUCGUCGGACAUGCAGGACGGGUCUCGCAAGAUAUUGGCUUGAAUCUAACAGACCAACCUUUCGGCCGGCGGACUUGGCUCGGGUUUUUGGUGUUGGAGUCGUUGAUAGCUUUUUGGUUGGGCAGGGAGCCGCAGAUCACCGACGAUGACUGGCGAGUUUUACCGGUGUCCGAAGACGGAUGGGAGGAGUGGGAUUUGUGGAAUGGUUCUUCACUGUUUGAGGUCCGGACCGCGGGCCACGUCGAGCAUGAGCCGGCCCACAUCACAUCGGUCUUCAACCAGCUCGUCAAACUGGUCCAGAUUGUACGGCUAAUAGCCAGUCUGUCGAGUCAGACUGCACAACAGUAUUUGGACGCGGACGGCCGACAAACAGACUUGCUACAGCGACUCCGUGUUUGGGCCCGAGAAUUGCCGUCAUCAUGUUCGCUCAGAGCAAGUUACUCCGACAUGCAACCCUCGAAGACAUCGAUACCGCAUGUCUCGAAUCUGCACCUCCUGUACUUACAGGCGCUUUUGCGACUUCACCAACCUCCACUAAUCGACCUCCGUGGGAUGUUCGAUGACGAGCCUAUCCGGGCGGUCAAGCAAGCUGCGAUUUCUUCCGCUGCAAGUAUCUUCGAGGCCUACAAGUCUCACCGGUCCUUUGCAUCUGCUCCGUGCACAUUCAUCCAUUGUGCGGCAUUCAUAUCCAACGACCCCAUGGCCAGGGACGACAGCAGGAUCCCCGGCGAGAAUCCCACCGCUCGAGUUGCAAAGAUCUUCAACGAGGAUCUCUUGAAAUUUUGCACAGUGGAAGGUUUUACACCAGGGAAAGCGUUGCUGAGAGCGUUCAACACGGAGGGAUCGGCCAUCCACACUUCCCACAUCGCGAUGUCACGCAUGGACGAGCGGAUUAUUUCGCGGCCAAUGUCAAUCCAAUCACCGUAUCUGCCAGAAAACAAUCCGGUCAAUCCUUCCACCGGUAGCAUGAUGCAAGACAUGUACUCUCCUUCAGCGCCAAUCCGAACCGCCGAGCUCCAAGAGCGACCGAUCCAGCGGCAAACGCUCGCGAUGUCGCUCCGCGAAGAAGACCUGAACGCCAGCAACAUCGCGACACAAAACUCGACCAGCAUGUUCUUCUCCAAGCCGAGUCCGGGCACGCUGGACGAUGAGUUUGGAAUGUUUGACCUGCCAUGGGCCCACAAUGGCAUUCCCGAAUUCAUGCAGAACCUUGGGUACAUAGGAUUUAGCCCAGAGACCAGUAUGGAUAUGCAACAUCAACAAUCCACCCCCCAUGGACAAGGUCAGGGCCAGGGCCUUGUGGAAGGGCAGAACGUUAGCAUGGGUGGUGUGGGCGAAGACGACACGUCCGGUCACAACAGCAAUAUAUAUGCUGGGCGGGGAUUGAACACGGUGCUAGAGCAAUACUUGGGUGAGAUGUUGGGGGCUGGGAAUGGCAAUGGGAGUGGGAGUGGGAAUGGGAGUGGGAAUGGGGGUGGGAAUGGGAACGGAGGAAAUGGAUGAUCCGUUCUGUAAGGUAUACUAUUUUUGGGCUCGCCUGGUUUCUGGGUUAUGUGCGAUGAUUGUUGGACUAUUAGGCAGUGAUGGAUGGAUGGACUGGUGUUUGGCGUUUACUUCUAUGGUGCGUUUUGGGUUU